AUCUCAAAUAUUCACCCCGAUUUCCCUCAAUUCCUCACAUCCCUUGAUCAUCCAAGGUUAAAAUUAACCACGUCAACCAAGAAAGCAAGGAGAUCGAUGUACCUUACCCCGACUAAAUUGUCUUUCCAGUUAUGCUUGUUGAAAAGUUUGGCUCCUAUCUUCGAAUCUUGUCUUGAUUUUCAGAGGAGGAACCCCAGAUCUAUGGGAUCUGCUGGUGAAGGGAAUGGGGAAGGAGAAAGAGAAGCAAAGGGGGAAAGGAAGGAAAGGAGCAAGAAAUAGUGGUUUGGUUUGGUGUUAGACGGAUAUGGCUUUAAUGAUAAGAGAUGCACCGGAGAAGGAGAAGGAGAAGAUGACCGGAGACGAGAGAGAGCAGAGAGAGGAAGAGCGCAGAAAGGGUAGAAAUUUUUUACUUUGUUUUUUGUAAUUAAUUUCAUUUAUGAUA